AUGGCCUCUUCUUCCUCCUCUGCCUCGUCAGCCCUUUCCUCCCGCUCUCCUUCCUCGAGCGAGCUAGAGUGGGACUUCGACUACGUACCAGACGGCCCACCCAAGGUCCUUGUCUGGUCAGAUGGCGAUAUGCCCCUGACCGACGGGGAAGACGACCUUCAGUUCCUCAUCAACGGGGAACUGGUAGCGGAGAGUGAAGACGACCUCCUCUCCUGGGGCAACUUCAACCCUCCUAACGAAGAGGAGGAAGAAGAGGAAGACGAGGAGGAUGGCGGCUUCUCCAACGAAAAGGAGGAAGAAGACGACACCUCGUCUGACGAGCCGCCAGCGAAGCGCUUCCGCGGCUGGACUUCCACCGAAGAGAACUCCGGCGGGGAGGCAGAACCCAGCCAGAGGGAUUCGAGCUCGGAUAAUUCAGAGAGGUCCACCACACAGAGCCAGACGACCUCGCCAACACCGGCUUCGGAGAAACAGCCGAUUCCCGAGUCUCCUCCUCCCCAAGUCCUGACCACGUCAGGGUCACGUGUGAAGCGUCGAUGCGUCAAGAGGGCUCGCAAAGACUCACAAGCUUCUCUCUCAAGCCAGGAGGUCUCAAAUGUAACCACCUCCCUGGUUUUGUAUUCCUUGCUAUCCAGUGCCGCUUGGAUCGGCUAA